AUGAGGUUACAGUGUCUUCUUCAAUACCAUACUCAAGCCGAUCAGCACACAGUGACAGAAACUACACAUGUAGAUUCUUCUGAAUCCACGACAACGGCUCCAGUUCCUUUGAACGCUACACAAACCUCUUCGGAUAACGUUACUUAUACAGUGGAGGAGGAUAAGGCAAUAAACGGAACAACUGAAGAGCCAACUGCAACCAGUAAAGCGAUCUGGAGCUUAGAACACACAACAACAACUCUUGCGAAUUUCACUGAAACAACUUAUUUGCCUAUCGAAUCAUCUCCAACAGCCACGCAAGAAUCUACAACCACUUCAGGAGUAUCCACAACAACGACCAUGCAGGAGAUCUCUGAAACAACUACAACGUCCGGUGAUCAAACCUCAACUACCACUCUUCCAACUUCCCACUUUAGUUCGUAUGUUACCUUAUCAACAACUGAAAGUACACACUCGCCCACAGAUGUCACUACUACGAAGGAACUCCCAGCGAAAGCCCUCCAGCAUUUUCGAAAACAACGUCAGAAACUGUGA